CAAAAUGGCCGCUUCCCAAAUUUCGAAAAAUUCAGUCGCCGAAAUCUUCGAUAACAUGUCUUAUGGCCCUGCCCCCGAAGCUGCCGAUGCUGCCAAGAACUGGCUUGAAUCACAUGGGCGGAAGAUUGGCCAUUUCAUAAAUGGGAAGUUUGUGAACCCAGAAGGAAGGAAGACGUACGAGACCAAGGCACCAGCGACAGGAGAGGUACUUGCCAGUACUGUCCAAGGUGAUGAGGCCGACAUUGACUUCGCUGUCACUUCUGCUAAGACUGCUCUCAAGACCUGGAGCACGACUUCACCUCAUAUCAGAGCCCGUUAUCUUUACAGCAUUGCAAGGCAUGUGCAGAAACACCAUCGUCUGUUGGCUGUUAUGGAGGCUCUUGAUAAUGGGAAGCCAAUCAGAGAAACACGAGAUGCUGAUGUAGCUAUUGUUGCACGGCAUUUCUAUCACUAUGCUGGAUGGGCUCAGUUGAUGGACACUGAAAUGAGGGGAUGGAAACCUAUUGGUGUUGUUGGUGCUGUUGUUCCCUGGAACUUCCCUCUCAUGUUGCUCACCUGGAAAAUAGCCCCAGCACUCGCAAUGGGAAACACGGUUGUCCUCAAACCUGCCACCUAUACUCGUCUUACUGCACUCCUUCUGGCCGAAAUUUGCACGGAAGCUGGGCUACCACCAGGUGUCUUCAAUGUUAUCACUGGACAAAGUGCAUUUGGUACCCAUCUUGCUAUGCACAAGGAUGUGGAUAAGGUUGCGUUUACUGGUUCAACAGAGGUUGGAAAGAUGUUAAGGAGAGCCACUGCUGGAACUGGCAAGAAAAUAUCACUAGAGCUUGGCGGCAAGUCACCAUUCGUGGUGUUUGAGAAUGCAGACCUGGACAGUGCUGUAGAAGGAGCUGUGGAUGCCAUCUGGUUCAAUCAAGGCCAGGUGUGCUCAGCAGGUUCCCGUCUCCUCAUGCAAGAAUCAAUUGCCGAUAAGCUCAUCGAGAAAAUCAAGCAGAGGAUGAAGCACCUUCGACUGGGUCACAGUCUUGACAAGACAAUAGACAUGGGUGCUUUGGUUGAUGCCAGCCAGAAGAAAACGAUAACCAACUAUGUUGAAGAGGCUAGGAAGGAAGGUGCCGAGGUGUUCCAAGCGUGUGAUGGUGUGCCAGAGCAUGGUCUCUAUUACCCUCCGACUCUUAUCACGAAGGUUCAGACCUCCUCGAAGGUUGUGAUGGAAGAGAUCUUUGGACCUGUGCUUGUGGCACUUCCAUUCAGAACAGCCAAAGAAGCCAUAGCUCUUGCCAACAAUACCUUGUAUGGUCUCGGAGCCAGUGUUUGGACUGAGCAGAUCAGCCUGGGGCUGGAGGUAGCAAAUCAAAUCAAGGCUGGCACUGUGUGGGUGAACAGCCACAAUCUUUUCGAUGCUGCGAGUGGAUUUGGUGGAUACAAACAGAGUGGAUUUGGAAGAGAUGGAGGAAAAGAGGGCUUGUUUGAGUAUGCCAAACCUGCUUUCUACAACCGUGUCUACCCCAAUGUAACUGACUACAAUGUCAAGAUGUUUGGCUCGCAUGUCCCUGGGAUACCCAACACUAAUGUUCAAAAUGGCCUAGUUGAUGGUACUGCUCCAGCCAUUGAUCGUACUUACAAGCUAUAUUAUGGCGGUGGCCAGAAACGUCCAGAUGGGAUGUACUCGAGUGCGGUUGUUUCUUCCUCCGGCAAGGUCAUAGGUCACAUAUCCGAUGGCAACAGAAAAGAUAUAAGGAACGCUGUGGAGGCUGCAAAGGGGGCUGCUCCUGGCUGGGGCAAACGUGCUGCACACAACAGAGCCCAGAUUGUCUACUACAUUGCCGAGAACCUUGAGAUACGUCGCCAGGAAUUUGCCGCCCAGAUCAGCGCAAUGACAGGAGAGGAUAUCAAGGAUGCUCUGCGGGAGGUUGACCUGUCUAUCGAGAGGCUGUUCCAUUGGGGUGCUUACGCUGACAAGUAUGGAGGAACUGUGCAGGAAACCACGCUGUAUGGAUUCACAGCCAAGGUACAUGAACCAAUGGGAGUGAUUGGUAUAGCCUGUCCAGAUGAAUGCCCACUGCUUGGAUUUGUGUCACUGCUUGCUCCUGCCAUCAUCAGAGGAAAUACCGUGGUCAUCAUACCUAGCGACAAAUACCCAUUGUCAGCUGUUGAUCUAUACCAGGUAUUUGAGACCUCAGAUGUCCCUGGAGGUGUUGUCAACAUCAUCACUGGAAACCGUGACCACUUGACGAAAUACCUCACCGAGCAUCAAAACAUUCAGGCAAUGUGGUACUUUGGCUCAGCAGAGGGAUCUAAGUUCGUCGAGCAUGCCUCCGCAGACAGUGUCAAGAGAACAUGGGUAAAUUACGGGGAACCACGCGACUGGGCAGACCGGGAGCAGGGGCAAAGUGAAGAGUUCUUGUAUCAGUCAAUCCAGGCUAAGAACAUCUGGAUACCAAUGGGGGAUAUCUUUGCAAAUUAGUUACGGGAUUUGCAGUCUGAUGCUUUCGCAGUACAACAAUAUCAAAUGCAUUUGUUGAGUCAAAAAUAUGUAAAAAUGCUUCCACUACUGUGUGACAUUUCAAACCUAGUCAAAUCUGUCAUGUAUGUUCCGAUGUCAAAAUAGAAUUUGAUAAUUCAGGGAGCUCAAUCAGACUGUGCUGAUACACUUUAUGUUCCAGUGUUUCUUAUGUAUUAUGUAGGGCUGGGGAUAUACCAGGAAAAAGAAAGCGGUGAUGUGCUAGUGAUACAAUUAUACCCACGUGCAAAUCCAAAGGUACUAAAAAAUUGCGAAAUGUUUCAUAUUAAGUUGUUGCUGUUUUGUAUUGUUUUGUUUUUUGAUACCAAUAACUGUCAUUCAGUUAAAAAUAACUGCCUGUGCUUUCCUGAAAACUUAGCAAGAUUCAGAUUAGCAGAGGCUUUGGGAUUUCUUGCUGACCAAAUCAUUGACAUGGAAGGUUGUAAGGUUAUUGUUACAGUGCAAAAUAAUCAUGGAACAAUCUUAAGGAGGUGAUCAUUUUAAGUUGUUACUGGUAGAUAUGAUUAUACAUGUAGCCCUGUAGGCUGUUCAAGUGAAAUCUUACAGACUUCUUGUUUGAUUAUAUGUGCUUGUUUUUGAUAUCAUGUAUGGUUUAAGAGACUAAUUAAGGUAAUGGCAGCUAUUUAUUGAUUCAGAUAUAUUAUGUUUCAUUUGUGCUAAUCCUGUAUCAUGAUUGUAACAACAGUGCAGUGUAGAAUUUCAUAAAAAGCUGAGAUUAUGAAAUUGUAAAAACUAUAUGUUAUUCAGUGUAAGAGGAAUCGAUCAAAAGCCUAGCAAUUCAAAUUUGAAUUAUUGGGUACUGCCAUGGACCUGUCACUGU